CGGGUGGCGCGGCGGCGCGGCGACGCGCUGCGCUCUUGAAAUUUCGCUUUCGUUCACUCCGCAGUUAUUAGUCGGCCGCGCGCGCUCCGACAAGCAUGUGUUUCGCGUGACGCGCUCCACUACUUCCGCGCGGCACGUUCGUUUUCGUUGGCAAGUCGAUCGUGGCAUGGCUCCGCGACGGCAAGGCGCCACCGGCGAGCAUGAGGCGGAGGAGGCUCGCGGGUGCUGCGUCCCCGGCGAGUGCCUUCGCCCCCGGGAACCGGUGCGUAUCGAAGAUGCCGUGCGCGUGCUAUGCAACAACGACACGUGCGCCGCCGGCCGGUACAUGCACCGCGAAUGCUUCGAGCAAUGGGAAGGUGGAGUUCUCGCUUAUCUCAAAUCCUGCGGCCGAGCGCGCUCGUGGUCUGAACGCCAGAGGCAUCAGAAUUUAUGGACCAAGAAAGGGUACGAUCUGGCUUUUAAGGCUUGCGGCUGCCGGUGCGGCAGAGGGCACUUGAAGAAAGAUCUGGACUGGGCACCUCCGGGAGCUGCGAUUCGCGCUGAGGAGGAGAAGAAGCGUCGCCGGCGCACGCGGUCGGGCCGCACACCGGCCGCGGCUGACGGCCGCUCGCGCACCUUCAGCCUGUCCAGCUCAGGCUCGUGCUCGCCGCCAUCAGCGCUCUCCGAACCCUCGGCCAGCCCCACUCACGCCCCGACGCACGCCGUCACUCCGGCCAAGAAGAUAUCCAAACCAGAAAUUGUUUCCGACCGGAUCAGAGCCGGCGCUGGCGCCAACGGAAUAUUUUCCCGAAGACUGGACUUUUCUACUUUCAAUCUGCUACCGAAGCACAAAGUCAACUCAUAUCAAAUCAAGAUUGAGGACGAGGGUAACCAUGGCAACGACGACACGCGGCUAUUCAUCCUGUCGACGCUGGCUGGACAGCACAAGCCCAGGGUGACUUGCGCGCUCUGCAAGGAGACCCUGCAUGUCUUCGACCGGUAUCCACUGGUCGAUGGGACCUUCUUCUUGAGCCCGCGCCAACAUAAUAGCGGCGCUGUUGAGGUGAAAGUGGAAGGUCGCACGCAAUACCUGACGUGCGUGUGCAUGGGCUGCCUGGAGCGGUGCGACCCUGAGCGCACCAUCCGCUGCCGGUUCUGCGGACAGAAGUGGGACGGCUCCUCGCUGGUGCUCGGCACCAUGUACUCUUAUGAUAUCUUCAUGGCUACGCCGUGCUGCGCUGAAAGAUUGAAGUGCAACAACUGCUUCAAAGCCCUGCUCCACCCACAGCAGCGGCUAAACUAUUCCGACUACUCGCACCCAGUGACGUGCCCGCACUGCCGCGUGCUCGACACCCACUUCGUCAAGCCGCUCAGCUACUGCUUCACAAAGAGGGCCUUCCCGCUGUUCCAGCAGUGGCCAUAACAGUCGGCGGUGCCAGGAGGCUCUCCUGGCACCCCCCCUGCUUCCGACACGUGGGGCCUGGCGCCGUCGCCUCCGCGCCGCGCCUCCCCGCCCGCGCUGCGUCCCGUCAUCAACACCAGCAUGGCCUCCCGCUCACAAGACCCGCCCGCUGAAGAACCCGCUACCAAGUACCUUGCGCCUACCCUCGCGAGCCUCACCGAGUCGUUGUCCCUGCUAGGAGUCAGCCCCGAAACGCUGGCCAUGAGCCUGGGCGAAUCGCUGGCCGAGCGCUAUUUGGCCACGCUGCGCCCCAAGCCCGUGGAGCGCACGGUGGAGCGGCCCAUGGAGCGGCUGGGCGGCGGCUGCGGCAUCCCGCGCCGCACGCCGCUGGCCGAGCCCUCGCUGCAGCUGUUCUCCAACGACUUCAUCGACUACUUGAACCAGAUUGCUUAAUCCUGUGCUGUGCUGAAUCUGACGCGCCGAUAGACUUUUCUGUGUUGCGAUGUUUGUUUCUUGAACUUUAACUGCGUCCGAUGACGCUAGACAUAAUUUCUGUUAAAUUAAGUUGGUAUUAUUGAUAAUAAUUUUAUGUGUCAGUUUAGAUUGUACUAUUGAUUUUAUUUUAAUUUUAUUUUGCACUUUGUUGAUUAGGAGUUGAUUUUUAACGAAAAUAAUAAUUAGCGGUUUAGUGAUGCCAGAAAUUGCAUUUUUUGUUUCGGAUCAAUCUUAAAUUGGGAAGUAUAUUUCCAUUUGAAGAAGUAAAAGGCGUGAGUUUUAAAUUAUUGAUUACCUUGUAUUUCAGUGAUACUGAUGACCCUAUCUGAUAGGGGCGUUCGCGUGGAGUGUUGUUUAGUUCAAUUUAGUUUAUUAGUUAUGUUUUAUUUUAGCAAAAUUUUAAACCUAACUUAAGUGUUAUACAAUAUUUUCGUAGGUUUAUUGUGAACUUUUAUUUCCUCCCACCAAAUGGCACUUUGCUAGUGUAAGGGAAGUCUACUUCUACUGAAGAUGCCAUGUUAGGUUAUCGUCUUUAAUAUCAGUUUCAUUUACUUAUUGUAUUUUCACAUACAUACCUUAUUUAAACAGUAAUGGUAGAGGAUUUUAAAUGUAAGUACCUAAUUGCUGUGUCACCAAUAAUAUGAUUAGCCUGUCUAUAUCUAUGACUUACAUUUAUUGUAGGCUUAUGUAAUGUCGAAUUGUUGUUUUACAUAGGUUUCUAAAUAUUUAUAUCUCAGUGAUUAACGGACUGCAUGAAGAAUUAAAAAAAAAAAUAUUCAAAUAUAAACUUUUUGGAAUAGUGCCAUAUCAGUUGAAAGAAGGUGAAAUACUCCUUUGGAAUAAAAUUAAAAAAAAAGUGAAUACCGUUAAUCAUUGAGAGAAGUUUAAUUCUUAACAAAGAAUAAAAGUUUUUUUUUUAAUACUAUCGUCUAUACGUUUGGCUAUCUGAAUAGUUUAGGUUUAAGGGUUUUUCUUAUUAUCAUGAAUGUCUAUUUAUUUGUAAGUGAAUAGCGCUUCGACAUUUACUAAGCGUUUAAGUGAUGAACGGACUUACUCAGUAACUGUUUAAUGUUAAUGUUUUAGGUAAGGUUUUUAUACAUUUGAUACUUAUUACUCGCAAAGUGAUUACAAGUGAUAAUUCUUAGUAAUAGUGCGUGUUUAGCGAUUAAUGAAAUAUAAUAACAACUAAAAAGUGGUGCGGAUAGUUAGGCGAUAGGGGAGUAUACAGAUAAAGUGAUAAAAUGAGCGGAUGUCCGCAAAGUUAGGCAAUAAUUCUAAUGAAGACUUGACACUUUUUAUAGGUAAAAAUUUUUCGCAUUAUCCUUCUUAAAUCGAUACUGCCAUUUACAUUUUACUAAUCUAAUCGAUACAUUGCCUAGUUCUGUCUAAAUUCUUUGGUCUGACUGUUGGUAGUUUUUGAUAUAUUUUUUAAACAAUAGAUCAACAAAAAUAUUUUGAUAAAACAUUCUUUAAAAAAACAUGCCAAAAAAAUAACGUACUAAAUAAAUAAUGCUGCUCUAUAAUGUCGAUAUUUCCAACUCAGACCACAAAAUCAAAACUAACUAGGUACUGUAUUUGUUUUUUUUUUGGACUGACUACGACUAGUUAGUGCUGUUGUGUAGUUAUAGGCUCACCUUCAUAACACAUCACGCCAUCAUCCGCAUCACUGCACCUCAUUACGUCAUCGUCAUCACGGCACGGUUUGAGUGGACGGCAGACUGGCUUCUAUGUCCACACCUUAAGACUCAAAAUUGAACAGCACGGGCACGCUUGUUAAGUAUUUAUUGAAAGCUUUAGAUUUCCAUUUUUUUAAUUUAUAAUCACUGUCUAGCAUUUAUACAGUAGUUUUUUUAAGACUGGAAAAGUUUCAAAGAUAGCUAAAAUAUAUUGAGCUCCCGUUUAAGGAAAUUUAGUAGAAUCAACCUCUCAUAAUAAAAUGAACUCGCUAAUACAGUUUGGCAGUUGCUUUUACGCUUUAAAUUAUUCAAUUAUUAGUAAUUAACGCAGACAU